AUGGUUGAUACCGGUGCUACUCAUACAUUAAUUACUCGUUCUCUCCUCAAUACUCUACCUAAUAUCCCAUUUAUCAAAAAUGCUUCUGUCUCUGCUUUACUUGGCGAUGCUUCCACUACUCUUUCUGUUCAAGGUGUUGCUCAAUUGUGCAUCUAUGUCAAUCACAUUCCUACAUCUAUUUCUGCUUAUGUAGUUGAGUCUCUGGGUAUUAAUUUGAUCCUUGGUAUGGAUUGGUGUCGCUCAUAUGAUGUUCUAAUACGUAUUGGUCAACAAGAACUUGAUCUUCGGCAUCCUCAUUAUGGCUCAUCUUCAGUUUCUUUUCUUCAAAAUGCUUCAAUUCCCGCUCGGCUUGCUCAUUCUGUUCAAUUGAAUCCUUCAUAUGAACAUGUUGUUCAGUUAACUACUCCACUGUCUUCUGCUCUUCAAGUUAUUUUUACUCCCGAUAACAAAUUCUGUCAACAUAAACACCUUUUUAUUCCUGAUGCUGUUGUACGUAUUAACAGAUUUCAUACCACGCUUCUUCUUUCUAAUCUUGCUAAUACAUCUGGUCUGUUGCGUAAAAAUACUGUUCUUGGUACUCUCACUUUCUUCUCUCCUUCUCCAGCUGCCAUCAAUCUUACCUCUUUUUCUUCACCAUCUCAAUACUCCGUUUCUUCUCUUUCUUUUCCAACUCUCUCUGCUAUUUCUCUUUCUGAUACGGAAGCUGUAAUUCACAAAUUAUUAGAGCCGCUUUCUGAUGAUUCGAUCCGUCAGACGUUUCAUCCAAUUCUUCAGAAACACCGUCGCGUAUUUGAUCUAUCUGAGCACACUAUCGCUGAUACGAAAAUACCUCAUAUUAUUAUCACUGGUGAUCAUCCACCUGUGAGUGCGCGACCUUACUAUCGUACUAUUGAGCAAAGAAAAGAACUUCAAAAGGAGAUCGACAAGAUGCUUCUUGAUAAUCUCGUCCGCCCGUCUACUUCUCCAUGGUCCUCACCUGUCAUUCUUAAGAAAAAACCCGAUGGUACAUUCCGUUUCUUAGUAGACUUUCGACGUCUAAAUGCCAUCACUAAAAAGGAUGCAUAUCCUCAACCUUCUGCCGAAGAGUUAAUUUAUCGUCUUUCUGGGCACAGCUAUUUCACGAAGCUUGACUUAAAGAGUGGUUACUUUCAGAUUCCAAUUGCACCUGCUGAUCGUGAGAAAACUGCGUUUGUUACACCUGACGGUCAUUAUGAAUUUAAUGUUCUUGCACAAGGUUUAACUAACGCACCCGCUAGUUUCCAACGAGUCAUGAAUAAUUUACUUGUUACAGGUCGUUGGGAUUACGUUGUCGUUUAUUUAGAUGACAUCGUUAUCUUUUCUCAUUCUCUUGAAGAGCAUACUCAGCACGUCGAUGAGAUCUUGUCUAUACUCGAUAAUGCGCAUUUCAAAGUUUCUCCCUCCAAAUGUACUAUUGCCGCACGUCAAAUUGAGUUUCUAGGUCAUAUCGUUUCUGCCACUACUGUUGAACCUUCACCCGACAAAAUUCAAGUCAUUCUUGAUAUUGCACCUCCACGUACACUCUCUCAGGUAAAUCGGUUUUUGGGAAAGAUCGGCUAUUAUCGUAAAUUUAUUCCUGAUUUCGCACGUAUUGCAGCUCCUUUACAUAAAGUAACCAACAAAACUCGUACCAAACGGCACGAAUUUUAUUGGCACCCCGAACAACAAACUGCUUUCGAGCAGUUCAAAAAGAUCCUUACUUCUGAUCCUUUGUUUCUCCACUUUCCGGAUCCUUCUCUACCUUUUAUAGUUUCAACUGAUGCUAGUCUGACUCGUAUUGCUGGUGUUCUUAAACAAGACACUCCCACUGGUCUUAAGAUCUGUUACUACAAAUCUCGAUUACUUUCUACCACUGAACAACGCUAUUCUACCACAGAAGGCGAAGCUCUUGCUAUAUGUUGGUGCCUGGAGCAGUUGCGUCCUUGUAUUGGUACUUCCUCUAUUGUCAUCGAAACUGAUCAUCAACCUCUCGCGAAUAUGCAUAAAAAGUACACCCUUCGUAAUAAACGCAUUGAUAAUUGGCUACUAAAACUUCAAGAUCUUCUGCCACAGAUUCUUUCAAUUAAGUAUCGUCGCGGUAUCGAUAAUCUCGGUCCGGAUUUCCUUACUCGUUACGAAACCUUAUCCACACCUCCACUUUCAGAUGAACAACCAGUUACUCCUGCCCCACUACCACCUCGAUCUUCUUUAUGUUCUACUGCUCUUUCUGAUUCUGAUUGGCCUCCCGGCACUGAGUCUUGGGAUCCCAUCGUCGUUGCUCCUGUUGUUACUCGCUCCAAAACUCGUGCACAUCCUCCAACUACUACAUCUGAUUCGAUUCCACCACUUGUUGGUGCUCUUGCCCCAGCAGCUCCUUCAAAUUCUUCUUCUACUCGUUCCACCAACAUCUCUCAUGAUACGUCGUUAGAUCUCAGUCUUUCUCGUAUUAAACACGAACAACACUCUGAUUCCAAUAGUCUGACUCUUAUUAAUCAAUUGCGUCAACAACCUUCUCAUUCACAAUAA